CUGUCUCCAAGAAAGUCAACAGAGGAUGUGGCAACCCAACAUAGCCGCUGCUUACGGCUAGCUCACUAAGGUGGCUGUGACCAUAAGCCGCUUUUGUAUCUGUUGUUCCCUCGUUUCAACGACAGAACUGAAAGGGACUGGGAUCGUGUUUUUUUUAUCCUAUAUCUUCUUUGGUCAUCUCCACGUCAUAAUGGCAGCUGUGAGGGUUUCUACCAGAGUUCCUAUUCGGGGUCCUGGAGAUGGCAUGGAAACAGAAAAUUCAAAAGCAGUGCUGGAAAUAAACACUGAAGUCCUGCCUCCAAAUCCAUCUCAAGUUUCCCUCCUCAAAGUAGCUAACCCAAAGCACAGCCCAAAGUCUACCUGUAUCCCUGCCCCUGCCAUCCCUGAGCCUCGUGGGGUGCUGCACCUGGGCAAGGUGAGUCGAGAGGCCUGUACUGAGGUGGAGGCUGUAAGGAUUAUUGUACCUCGAGCUGCGAUCACUCGGAGCAGCCGUACAGGACCCACUGAAGGGAAAGGAGAGCCGGACCACCAGGCUGAGGAACGGGGCUCUCCUUCACCACCGCUUGUUGAAGAUUGGAGAGGAGAACUGAAGAAGCUACAAAACUCAGAACGCAGACUGCUACAAGACAAGGAGGGCCUCUCCAAUCAGCUUCGAGUGCAGACAGAGGUCAACCGUGAACUGAAGAAACUGCUGGUUGCAUCUGUAGGCGAUGACCUUCAGUAUCACUUUGAACGACUGGCUCGGGAGAAAAACCAACUGAUUCUGGAGAAUGAGGCUCUCGGUCGGAGUCUUGCACACACUGCAGAGCAGCUGGAGCGAAUGAGCAUCCAGUGUGACGUCUGGAGGAGCAAGUUCUUGGCCAGCAGAGUCAUGGCAGAGGAACUCACCAACGCCAGAGGGGCUCUCCAGAGACAGACCAGAGAGGCACAAGGAGCAAUCCAAGACCUGCUUCUGGAGAGAGAGGAGUUUUCUAGAGACAUGAUGCUCACUCACAGAUCUCUGGAGCAGCUCCUGGUGUCUCUGCAGUGGGGCAGACAGCAGACAUACUACCCCAGUGCUCAGCCCCUCAGCAUAGGAGAGCUGGCAGCAGCCAAUCAUAAGCUAGCAGAUACCAUCAACUCGCGCCUUCUGGGAAAGGACAGCAGCAGCGGCUUGAAAAGCAACGGGGCUGCUGAGCAGCUCUGCAGCACACCAGCUGAGAAAAUGGCUGAGAAGGUGCUGCAGAUUUUGGACCCGAUCUCUCAUUCAGAAAACAAAGCGGAGGCUGAGCUCACUGAUUCAUCCUCCUCAAACUUCCUGAACAGCAAGAAGAGCAUUGGGAGGUUUCACCCCUACACCCGCUAUGAGAACAUUACUUUUAACUGCUGUGUGCAUUGUCGUGGAGAUAUCCUGGUGCUGUAGAGGUGAGAUAAGGGGGCACCAAGACUUUUCUUUUUUUUUUUUUUAUAUUCAGGGAUUAUUGAUGGCAUUUUUAGUGAUUUUUUUUUUUUUACGAAAAAAAAACUCUGAAGAAAAUGUAGUUUUACUAACCAUGUAAAUAUUCAGUUUCCAACAUUUCAGAUGUUCUGUAUUGAUAUUAACUCACUGUAGCUUUAAGAAUCAACAGAAAUGUUGACUAAAUGGAGUAUUUUGUUUGGUGGGAUGAAAAUCUGACUGAAACCAAAUGAAUGUCAUGUCAGUGUUGCAUAAUGAGCACAAAGUGCUUUUUUCUGAUUGGGAAAGUGUUUAUUAUAUUUUAUGAUUUUUUUUUUUUUUUGCUUUAAAAGAAUUGUUACUGAAACAGUUAAGAAGAGCAAGUCUAAAGAGCAGAGACCCUACAGGAUGUUUACAGUGGAAGGUGCUCACUGUGACCUAACAAAGAAUCUUAUUGCUUCCUAACAUUGCAGUUUUGAUACAAUGAUAUUUAUUAAUGUAUGUUUUUGAGAGUUUUGAGGUUAAUGUUAUAUUUAGGAUUUUUAAGAUGUAAUAGUUGUUUAAUGAUGUUGAGAUUUUACUAUUGUUCAAAGAAAAGAAUAAAAAAA